AAUGCGUUUUAUUUUUUCAAUUGAUUAUCCUUUACUUUGAUCGUACAUCUCCUUUACCAGAUUCUCCUCAAAUUUUCGAUUUUUCUUUAUAUUCUCAAUCUUUCCCCGUAUACAUCACUUUGUAGUCUGUCUCCACCCACAUGCCUGUUUCUUGAGUUUGUCUGAUCUGGAUCCAAUCACAAUUAUACAAUCUUUUUGCUUUCUUUUCCCAUCUAAUUCGGGUCUUUCCGAGUUUCAGUUACGCUGACCAGAAGAACAGGAAGGAGGAGGAAGAGGAAGAGGUGAGUUUCGUUGACUCUUACUUUCGGGCACUUUGACCCGAUUCACGCUGAUUCUGGUCUCAAUUCGCUGCAAUUCGAAGUGGGUCUGGAUCAAUCUUUGAAAUUCUUGAAAUUUUCGGGUAUUAGAUGAAGAGGGUCGUGAAAUUUCACAACUGGGUUUGAUUGUUCUUCCCAAAUCUGUGAACUUUUGAUGAUUGAGUCGGGUUCGGGGCGGCCUUGAGGCAUGUUAGGGUUUGAGAUUUCGAAAUACGCGCAUAGCCCCGUGCAUAAAUCCAUAAUCUUGAAAGAUUAUGCGAGCCUGAGGGGGAUAAUUGCAGGGUUGCCUCAUCUGUGUGAUCCCUCCGAGGUUCAGUCCGAAUCGAUUUCACUUGCAGAGGAAGGCAAAGCCGAUGCUAUCUCGGCAAUUAUCGACAGACGGGACGUCCCCAACCGGGACACCCCUCUCCACUUGGCAGUCAAGCUUGGGGAUGAAACCGCCACUGAAAUGCUCAUGCUUGCAGGUGCGGAUUGGAGCUUGCAGAACGAACAGGGGUGGAGCGCGCUGCAGGAGGCCAUAUGUAACAAGGAGGAAGGGGUUGCCAAGAUCAUAGUCCGGCAUUACCAGCCGCUGGCGUGGGCAAAAUGGUGCAGGAGGUUGCCGAGGUUGAUUGCGACGAUGAGGAGGAUGAGAGACUUUUACAUGGAGAUCACUUUCCAUUUCGAGAGUUCGGUCAUUCCUUUCAUUUCCAGAAUUGCCCCUUCGGACACAUACAGGAUAUGGAAGAGGGGCGCGAAUCUGAGGGCCGACAUGACUCUGGCCGGUUUCGAUGGCUUCAGGAUUCAACGCUCCGAUCAGAGCGUUCUUUUCUUCGGCGAUGGCUCCGAAGAUGGGAAAUUCCCUCCCGGCUCGUUGUGUAUGGUUGCCCAUAAGGAUAGAGAAAUCAUGAACGCGUUGGAUGGUGCGGGCGCUCCUGCCACGGAGGCUGAUGUUCAGCACGAAGUUGACUCGAUGUCUCAGACGAACAUAUUCCGGCCUGGGAUUGACGUCACCCAAGCGGUCCUGAUGCCUCAGCUGACGUGGCGGCGGGCUGAGAAGGCGGAGAUGGUGGGUCCAUGGAAGGCGAAGGUGUACGACAUGCACAACGUGAUCGUGAGCAUUAAAUCCCGAAGGGUCCCGGGUGCAAUGACGGACGACGAGUUCUUCAAUUCUUGCAAUGAGAACGAAACAGAGAGCGAGGAUCUGAAUGAGAUAUUGACCGAGGACGAGAGAAAGCAGCUCGAAGAUGCUCUCAAGGUGGACAAUGAGAACGGGGAUGCUUUGACGAUUCCACACCGCCAUAGCUCUUACGAGCACACGGAUAUUCCCAUUGUUGAGGAGGGAAAUGGGACGGAGGAGAAGAAGAGGUGGUUUAAUGGGUGGAGGAAAAAGGAGAACAAACUCGAAGGGGAGAAAAGGGUGGCCCCCGCAAGGACCUCUAUAUCCGUGGAAGAGAAGGGGUCGUCCCCAGCUAGACAUUCAAUGGAUGUUAGUUCGAAGAAGGAAGAGGUUCAACGAAGAAGAGAUUCGAAAGCUUCUACAUCUGGCAGCAAUGAGCACCGGCGGAAGGAUGGGCACAAAGAGAGCGAGUACAAGAAAGGGCUGAGGCCUGUUCUCUGGCUUUCCCCCGACUUCCCCUUGAGAACCGAAGAGCUGCUUCCACUUCUUGACAUUCUUGCCAACAAGGUUAAGGCCAUCCGGAGGCUCAGGGAAUUGCUCACUACAAAACUACCCAAAGGAACCUUCCCUGUUAAGGUUGCGAUUCCGGUGGUCCCCACGAUAAGGGUGAUGGUUACUUUCACAAAGUUUGAAGAAUUGCAGCCGUUGGACGAGUUUUCGACUCCUCCAUCGAGCCCCCCUACUGCUGGGAGGGAUAGUCCGGUUGUGGUGCAGCCUUCAUCGUCCUGGUUUCAAUGGGUGAAAUCCCCUUAUCAGCAGCAGCAGCCUCAUGCUCUACCACCACCAUCAUCUUCUUCCUCUGCUGCAACUUCGAGCUGCAAGAUGGAAAACACUCAAGACCCCUUUGCAAUCCCUUCGAACUACACGUGGAUCACCGCAGAAGCGAAGAAGAAGAAAAUGCAGGAGAAGUUGAAGAAGGGGAAGGGCAAGAAACAGUAGCCCCCCCCCCCCCCCCCAAAGAUAGGAGGAGAAGAAGAAGAAGAUGGUUUGGGUCCGUUUGUUUUAAUCUUUUAUUUCAUUUCAUUUCAUUUUUAGCAACAAAGAAUAUUGAGAGGAAAGGGGUAUACGAGAGAUAAGUGUAAAAGUUUGGUCCAAAAGUUUGAAGCUGAUAUUUAUUUUUACAGGUAAAUAAUCAUGUGUGCAUCUCUCUGGAAAUACAAGCACUUUCUUUUU